GAGCAAGAGGAAGUAACUGAACCUUUGACGAAGGCGGAGAGAAUAUCAAGGAAGGUUUUCUGUUCAUAAUGUUUAUCGGAGUAGUUUCCUCGAGAAGGGCGAGGGACCUUGAGUCACUUUCUGCUAGAGGCUGUUUCUCGGGGAAUCAUGGACAAGGACAUGAACAACCUGGAGGAAGGGGUGGAGUUCCUCCCUGCCAUGAACUCCAAGAAGAUGGAGAAGCGUGGCCCGAAGCGGCAGGUGGUCGUCGCCGUCAUGAUCGUUGUUUUCCUGAUCAUCUCCCUCGUCACCGGCCUCCUGGUUUGGCACUUCAAAUACAGGAACGUGGCCGUCCGGAAGGUUUUCAAUGGCCACUUACGGGUUCUGAACUGGGACUUCCUUGAUGCUUACGAGAACUCCAGCUCAUCGGAGUUCAUCAUGCUGGCCCAGAAGGUGAAGAGCACGGUGGAGGACAUCUACAGGAGUCAUGCAGAUAUUGGCCCUUACCACAAAGAGACGGUGAUAACGGCGUUCAGUGAAGGCAGCGUCAUUGCCUACUACUGGUCAGAGUUCCUUGUCCCCAAGUACCGGGAGGAGAGCCUGGACAGGGCGAUGGCGGACAAGCAGAGCCUGGUCCAGAGGUGGAACCCCCGCCUGCGAAACCCCGUGCUGAAGGUGGAGUCGGUCAUCGCUUUCCCUGCUGAUCCCAGCAUAGCUGACUCCGCUCGGGACAAUAGCUGCAUGUUUGCCCUCCAUGCCAAGGAAGGGGAGAUCACCAGUUUCACCACGCCGGGCUUCCCCAACAGCCCGUACCCCAACAACGCGCUCUGCUACUGGGCACUGAGGGCGGACGCCGACUCCAUCAUCAGCCUGACCUUCAAGACGCUGGAGCUGGAGCAGUGCAGAGCUGACAGCGACUACAUCAAGGUGUACAACUCUCUGAGCCCCGUGGAGCCCCAUGCUUUGGUCAGGCUCUGUGGGAAUUACGCCCCUUCCUACAACCUGACCUUCCUGUCCUCCCAGAACGUCAUGCUCGUCACAUUGGUUACCAACAAGGAGGGGAGAUUCCCUGGCUUUAAGGCUGAGUUCUUCCAGCUCCCGAAGAUGAAAGCCUGCAGCGGGACUCUGAAAGGAGAGAGUGGCACCUUCACGACUCCCUAUUACCCGGCACACUACCCCCCAGCCAUGGACUGUGUCUGGAACAUAGAGGUUCCCUCUAAAAAGAAUGUGAAGGUGCGUUUCAACAUGUUCUUCGUGCUGGAGCCCGGGAUCCCAAUCAGCUCCUGCACCAAGGACUACGUGCAGAUCAACAACACGAGGUACUGUGGGGAGCGUUCCCAGUUCGUGGUGGCCAGUACUACCAACAAAAUAGAGGUCCGGUUCCACUCAGACCAGUCCUACACGGACACUGGCUUCUCUGCUGAGUACCUGUCCUACGACUCCAGCGAUCCCUGCCCUGGCAAGUUUGCCUGCAACACUGGCCGCUGCAUUGACAGAAGCAUGCGCUGCGACGGGUGGCUGGACUGCGUGGAUGGCAGCGACGAGAGAUCCUGCACCUGUACCGACCAGCAGUUCAAGUGCCAGAACGGCUGGUGCAAGCCCAAGUUCUGGGUCUGCGACAACGUGAACGACUGCGGCGACAACAGCGACGAGCUGCAGUGCAGCUGCGCAGCUGACAGCUUCAAGUGCAACAACGGGAAGUGCAUCCCCAACACCCAAAAGUGUGAUGGCAAGGACAACUGCGGGGACGGGAGCGACGAGGGCAGCUGCAGCAAGGCCAUCCAGGCAACCGUCCCCUGCAAGGAAUACACCUACAAGUGCCGCAACGGGCACUGCAUCAGCAAGCAGAACCCGGAGUGCGACGGGGAGCAGGACUGCGAAGACAAAUCUGACGAGGACAACUGCAACUGCGGGACCCGCUCCUACGCGAGGAAGUCGCGGAUCGUCGGCGGGCAGAACUCGGACGUGGGCGAAUGGCCGUGGCAGGUCAGCCUCCACGUCAAGGGCCAGGGCCACAUCUGCGGGGCCUCGCUCGUCUCAGAGAGCUGGCUGGUGUCGGCGGCGCAUUGCUUCCUGCAGCUGCAGGGCAUCAGGUACUCAGACCCCACCCUGUGGACAGCCUACCUGGGCCUGACCGACCAAGGCAACCGCAACGGCGCCAACGUGCAAACGCGGAAAAUCAAGCGCAUCAUCUCCCAUCCCUUCUUCAACGACUACACCUACGACUACGACAUCGCCGUGAUGGAGCUGCAGGCCCCCGUCACCUUCUCCUCUGUCGUCCAGCCCAUCUGCCUGCCCGAUGCCACCCACAACUUCCCCGUGGGCAAGGACCUGUGGGUGACUGGAUGGGGAGCGACCGUGGAAGGAGGCACUGGAGCCUCCAUCUUGCAGAAAGCAGAAAUCCGGCUCAUCAACCAGACAGUGUGCAACGAGCUGCUGACGGACCAGCUGACGCCACGCAUGAUGUGCGUGGGGAUCCUGACGGGCGGCGUAGAUGCCUGCCAGGGGGACUCUGGAGGGCCACUGGUCAGCGUGGAGCCCAGCAAUCGGAUGUUCCUGGCGGGCGUAGUGAGCUGGGGCGACGGCUGCGCCCAGAGAAACAAGCCUGGAGUCUACAGCCGGGUCACCAGCCUGCGAGACUGGAUCAAACAGCAUACGGGGCUGUAGGGACACGCUGGUCCCCACGGGGCCAUGGACAGCUCUUGUACACCACUGGCUGGAGACUGUCAUUGCCUCCCGGCAGCGCACAGCCGCUACUGUGAACUUCAACCCUCCCUCUACCUCGCCGCAAGCGCCUGGGACUCCCUGUGCCAGCUGAGCAGCCAGAGCUGAGGGUUUAGUUUAGCCCUUGGUGUUCCCCAACUCAGAAAUCAAUGUUUGGCGUAUGAGAAAUUUCCCUCUGUGGGUAAGUGAGCACAGCUCCCAUAAACCAACAACUUGAAUGAACAGUCAUUCGAGGUACAUCCAAAGUAAGUGGAACAGCACAGGUAAUUUAAAAAAAAAAAAAAAAAUUAAAAAAAAAAAAAGAAAAAAGACAAACACUUGGUGUGUUUAGAGGCAAACUUUAUUGGGACAGGUUCAAAAACAAGCUUUCAGAAUGUUUUCAAACUGCCAUCCACACCUCUUUUCUGGUCUUCAGUUGGGGGUGGGGGUGGGGAAGGAGUCCUUACCGUGGUUUUGGGGGAUCCCUCCCUUGAUGGCAUCCCAUGCCAUGGUCUCCUCCGCUGUCUGACUGGGUUUCUGAUGGUGCCGGGGCUAUGGGACUGCUGCCCCUCACCCCAAGGGAAUCCAUGUGCAGGUGGGCAUCCGACCAGCAUCACUGUGCCGUGGCUGAGCCGACGCAGCUUCUGCCGAGCUCCAGCCCCGGGGAGCUGUGUUGUGCUGCACUCGGUGACUUCCCCUUCCUCGCUGCACCAAAGGCCUUCCUGGAGCUUGUCCCCUGCAACAACAACCCGGGUUAGCUGUGCUCGACCCCAGUCUUAAACCCUUCUUUCUUUUGUAAAGAAAAAUGCAACGCUGUGACUUGUGAAUGUGCUGAUUUGAUCUCUUUUCUCCCACGUAGCCCAUUCCUUGCCCCGAGAAGAGCACACUCCAAUCGAGUUAGUGAGCCUGUAAAUACAUUUUGUAAAACACUGUAUGAAGUGGAAAUGCU